AAUGUGCUGAUAAGGCACUUCGUACAGUUGGCUGUGGAAGAGUCAAGGAGGGGAAUCCUGAAAGCGAACUAACCACCCGGAAAGAGUAAGCCAUACGGCUGUCGCAUAUCCAUUUCUGAAAAUAACGCGGAAAGGAGUUGGUUCGUGAGAAAAAUGCCUCCAAACAUAUCUGGUGCCACGCCAUGUAUUGACGAAGAAAAAUCUGAGGAUGGUGAUUCAUUGGUUUUGCCACAAACAAUUACGUCAAACGAAAUCGAACAUAAGGAAAAUGGAUCACUAAAGGCUAAUGGAUUUAAAGUCGAGAAACUAGUAAAUAGAUCAUCCUACUUUCAAGCUGACUUAAAAUGGAAGAAUAUUAUCGGAAUUACCGCUUUACAUAUUGCGGCAGUCUACAGCAUAAUAAACUUCCCUUAUAAGGAGAAACCAAAGCUUCUCUUCUAUGCAUACGUAAUUGGUCAAAUGGCUGGCUUUGGAGUUACUGGCGGUGUCCAUCGACUGUGGACCCAUCGCGCUUACAAAGCUAAAUGGCCUCUGAGGGUGAUUCUUCUUUAUUGCUACUAUACAGCUGGACAGAAUCCAGUAUAUGAUUGGGUGAGAGAUCAUCGCAUCCACCAUAAAUAUUCGGAGACAGUAGCAGAUCCACAUAACAGCAGUCGUGGAUUUUUUUUCUCACACGUUGGUUGGCUGAUGAUGAAGAAGCAUCCGGAAGCUAUUAGACGUGGACGACAAAUAGAUAUGAGUGACGUCGUUUCGGAUCCAGUCGUAGCCUUCGGCGAUAAGUAUUUCCUACCUUUAAAAUUAAUGUGCUGUUUCAUCAUACCAACAAUUCUGCCGGUAUAUUUUUGGAAUGAAGAUUGGUAUCAUGCUAUUCUUGCAACAAUUGCACGUUAUGCCUUUUCAUUGAAUGCAACCUGGAGCGUCAAUAGCGCCGCUCAUAUUUGGGGUGCAAAACCCUAUGACAAGCAAAUAGCUCCAACAGAAAAUCACUUCGUUGCUUUCGUAGCAAUAGGUGAAGGAUGGCAUAACUACCAUCACGUUUUCCCCUGGGAUUACAAGGCGGCAGAAUUAGGAAACUAUGGAUUGAACUACACGACAGCAAUAAUUGACAUGUUUGCAAAAAUUGGCUGGGCUUAUGAUUUAAAAGUACCUUCCAAAGAAUUAGUCAGGACAGUGGUCGAAAAAAGAGGAGACGGUUCUCAUCCAACUGAGGAACCUGAACCUAAAAACAUAGCUCCAGCAGAAAAUAAGUUUGUUGCCUUUAUAGCGCAAGGUGAAGGUUGGCAUAAUUACCAUCACGUAUUCCCCUGGGAUUAUAAAGCUGCGGAAUUAGGAAAAUACGGAUUCAACCUCACAACAGCAUUAAUUGAUAUGUUCGCCAAAAUUGGAUGGGCUUAUGAUUUAAAAGAACCUUCUAAACAAUUGAUUAAUACAAUGAUCGAAAAGAAUGGGGACGGAAAACAAGUCAAUGUUUCCAUCGAUAGAUUAAAACCGGCGUUUGUACUUGGAGAAACGACGAAAAAAGAAAACGUAAAUGAUGAAGAAGCUGGACACGGUAACGACGCCGAGGAACAGCAACCUCAACGACCAGAACAGCAACCACGUAGAAGAAAGGAACAGGCUCGCUUUAACACACGAUCAGGCAGAAGAGUUCAUUCCCCCGAACGGUUGCAAGCAGAAUUAAUUCACGAGAAAAACAUGCCUCCCAAUGCAACGGGUGUUAUUAAUAAGGACGAAUGUGAAGAUGGAGAUUCAUUCGCACUGUCGGUGGACAAUUCUUGGAACGAAAUUAAAGAAGAAGUUGAACCCGAAAAAGCUAAUGGAAUUAAAGUAGACAAAAAUUUGGAAACACCAUACUACUUUGGAGCUAAAUUGAAAUGGUUAAAUAUUAUCAGCAUUGCGAUAUUACAUAUCUGGGCCAUUCAUACACUGUUAACCACUUCCUACUUACAAAAGAAAUUGCUUGUUCUACUACACUUUAUUUUUUCUGAGAACUGGAAAACGAGUUAUUUUGCAUUCAUCAUGGUAUAUUUUUCUGGCUUUGGUGUAACCGCUGGUGCACAUCGUCUCUGGACUCAUCGAGCUUACAAAGCUCAAUGGCCGCUUGAAGUAAUUCUUCUUUGCAGCUACUGUUUAGCUGGGCAGAAUUCAAUAUAUGAUUGGGUGAGAGAUCAUCGGACACAUCACAAAUAUUCCGAAACAGAUGCAGAUCCACACAAUAGUAGUCGUGGAUUCUUUUUUUCUCAUGUUGGCUGGCUGAUGAUGAAAAAGCAUCCGGAAGUCAUUAGACGAGGACGUCAAGUAGAUAUGAGUGAUAUUGUUUCAAAUCGCGUCCUGGCAUUUGGUAACAAAUAUUUUCUACCUCUGAAGAUACUAUUCUGUUUUGUGAUACCGAUAAGCAUACCAGUUUACUUGUGGAGUGAAGAGUGGUAUCACGCAAUUUCUUCACAAUUCGUCCGUUAUGCUUUUUCAUUGAAUGUCGCAUGGAGCGUGAAUAGCGUCGCUCACAUUUGGGGAAAUAAGCCAUAUAAUAAAAACAUAGGCCCAACAGAAAACAAGUUCGUUGCUUUUAUAGCACUAGGUGAAGGUUGGCAUAAUUACCAUCACGUAUUUCCGCGGGACUAUAAGACUUCAGAAUUAGGAAAUUAUGGAUUCAAUUGCUCAACAGCAUUAAUUGACAUGUUUGCAAAAAUCGGUUGGGCUUAUGAUUUAAAAGAACCUUCUAAAGAAUUAGUCAAAACAAUGAUCGAAAAGAAAGGCGAUGGUUCUCAUUCAACUGAGCAACUCAAGCCCGUACUUAAAUUGGAUUAAAAUGUAUCACAUUAUUUAAGUUUAUUGUUU